AUGACGAAGGUAGUCAAGGCUCGUGAUUUUAUCUAUGCAAAUGGAAAUAUAGUAGAUGGUGUCAAGGUAGACCAUACCCUUGGAGAGGGCUCUUGGGUGCCUACUCUGAAUCAAUUUGCCCAGAAACUUGGACUGCUCAGCUUCGACUCAUUCCGCAUGCUCGUAGUUGAUUUCAUGCAUGAGUGCAAGCUGGGCACUUGGAAGGCGUUGUUCACACACCUGCUUAGGCUCCUCCACGCCCUUCCUCGCGGUAGUGAACUUGUGGCAGCCCUCGACAGCAGGUACAGGGAUCUCGUCCCGACCUUCGGCAACGGCAUGAUUUGCAAGUUCUCAAACAACACGUCUGAUAUGAAAAGAUUAGCAGCGCAUGAUUUCGAGGACAUAUUACAGGUUUUUCUUUGUUACCCCUAG